UGUAGAAGUUCAGACGCACAGGUCGCGUCUCUACUCUUGCUGGGCGAUGCGCUAUGAUGACCAGCUAUGGCAGAGUAUACCAACUUGGGGUACAGUGUAGUGCGACAAUGGGUGCGUGGAGCGACUUAGGGAGUCGUACAGGGCAAGUGCUGUUCAGAAAUAUGGGAGGAAACAGACUAGGAACCAUUUGGUCCCGUCUUUCCUUAGUAUUUAUUGACCUAGCAAUUGACUAUUCUAUAACUGCACAUGCUCCCUACUUGCACAUCUCAUAAUUGGACGUGCAGCCUGCGCUUGAUAUGACUGUAGGGAUGUCCUGUACCUAUUCCGUUCAUCGCGCCAAACGUAGCUGGGCCUUCCAUCGCGGAUACCCUGUCUGGGUCCCACGUGGAUCUACCACACCACGCCGGGUUCAUCCAGGCGUACAAGGACAGAAACUUCAUAGAAAAGACGGGACUGCAAUAUGGUAAUGGUAAUGGGCGAUACAUGCACACUCCACAGCAUCCGCUCUAAACCCUUACGGGUACCUUAGAACCCUACAACU